AUGAAAGAAUGUGCGGAUAGGUGCAGCCAUGCCAAAAACACAGACCUAAGUGUUGGUGACAAAGUAUUGCUAAAACAACCCAAGCAGAACAAGAUGUCCACACCAUUUAAACCUGAGCCACUUGAGAUAAAAGACAAGAAAGGAAGCAUGAUUACGGCCCAAAACGCAGAACGCACUGUAACCAGAAAUGCGUCAUUCUUCAAAAAGCUGCCUUCCAGCGUACCAGUACAACUCACUCCAAGUGACAAGGAAGAAAAAUUUACACCCAGCAUUGAGACAGCUGAAGCAGCUAAUGUGAGUGAA